GACUUCCAUAAGUUACAUCUUUGUCUUUUUACAGAUAAGGCGAAAUAGUUAGAAGAAUAACAAGGGCGGGUCGUUGUUGAGGCAAGUUUUGAUCCAGAAUCGAACCAUCCAGUCGUAAGGCAAGACAACUACAUCGGCAAACGACGACUUCUAAAGCAUUUCUCUCGGCCGGUGUUUUUCAAUCAAUAGUUUUAAACCCGAUCUCUUAAAUGGAAUACAAACAGCCCUUUAAACUUUAAGCGAAUUUUUGUUCUGCAUAAAAUAUUCUUCAGAUCAGGACGUAGUAGCGGUUUAGAGUCUUUUUCAACCACAGGCCUCAAGAACAAGAAAAGAUCUGUCUGACGGAAUUAUCAGAAAACUGUGUGGGGAACUGUUUUAAUCCUCUUAGCAGUAGUAGCAGUAGCCCUCCUCAGAGAAAAUGCCUACCACUGCAUUCUUGGAUCAGUAUUCUCCCGAGGCGGACAACUCUUCAAGCUUUAACGAAAUUACGGAAGAAACGACAAAUUUGAAUACAGCUGAACGAAACAGUAAGGCCGUGUUCUACUGUUGCUUGUUCCUUCUCGGCUCCUUAGGGAAUGCAAUGGUUAUUUUGGUAUUGAAAGGAAAGCGAAAACGAACCAUUAAUGAUUAUUUUAUUUUAAACUUGGCAGUAGCAGACUUAACUUUCUUGUGGCUGUCACUUCCUUUCUAUACGUACGAACUUUUUCAGCCGUUUAACAAGAAUUUAUUGUAUUGUAAACUAAUUUGGCCGAUGAUGUCAGUUACUUCAUCAGUCAGUGUUUUCACCUUAACGUCCAUGGCAGUCGAACGGUGUCGAGGAAUCACAAACCCUUUGCAACCGAGAAUCAAGCCGCAAGCCACGUUGAUAUGGAUUUUCCUUAUCUGGAUCUUUGCCAUCUUUACUUUAGUUCCGUUGAUGAUCGUGGCGCGGUCGGAAGGUGUGUUCUGUGCGGAAAAUUGGCCGAAGAACUACUAUCAUCAAGCGUACACUGCUGUUUUAUUCGCUCUUCAAUAUGGCAUCCCCUUGUUUGUAAUCGCCACAGCAUACUUUAGAAUCGCUAUUUUUCUUAUCAGAUCUCGGUUACCGAUGCUAACAACGAUCAACUCUAAGGGGGAGGUUAUCAGGCACAAAACGAGAAGCGAAAAUGUUCAGAUAAUCCGGACACUGGCUGUUAUUGUGAUUUUGUUCAUGGCCUGCAUGUUUCCCAAUCAAAUCGCUUGGAUGCUGUUUGAUUUUGGCGGUGCCUCGCACAAGAAGCUGUCCGACGCAUUUUGGACCUGCGCAGAGGCGUUCGUGUUUUUACACGCUUGUAUAAACCCAAUAGUGUACGGUUCUCUUA